AUUGAAUUUUUACAUCAUGUUUAGAAGAUUGGUGUCAGUAUUCACCACAAAAUGUUGGGUAAACACAAAAUAUUUGCAAAUACGACACAUCGAGGUCUCCAUCGUAGGAGCUGGUAAUCGCAUUGGAUCCAAUUUAGCCUUAUUACUGACGCAGAAUCCUAAAAUUACGAAACUCAAUAUUUACGAUGACGACGACAGAGUAAGAGGGAUUGGUUUGGAAUUGGCUUACAUGUCGCAAGGACCGAAGGUGGUGUCUUAUGCUGGCGAUAAUUUCCUGCCAGCUGCCGUGAGAUAUGCCAACCUGAUAGUGAUGGUUGCAAGAACUCCUCGACGAAGUGGCAUGUCCAGAGAUCAAAUGCUCGCAGCAAAUGCCCCUGCCGUCCAAAAGCUCUGCAAAGUGAUUUCUGAACAAAACUGCGAUGCAUUCCUGGCUAUUUCUACGAAUCCUAUAAAUUCAAUAGUGCCAUUUGCAAGUGCUCUAAUGCUCCAGUAUAGCACCUACAACCCAUUUAAAAUUUGUGGGAUCACUCACAUCGACACAGCUAGAUGUCGAAGCUUCGCUGGCAAUGCGUUGAAUGUGAGCCCUCGUCGGUUGCAAAUACCAGUCAUCUGUGGACAUUCCGAAGAGACUAUUGUACCGUUAUUUUCAAAUCUCGCUCCGUCAACGUUUUCUCUUGAUUCGUGCAAAUCUGAUACACUAACAAGGCUGUUACGAAAAGCGGGCACAGAAGUGAUAAACCACAAGUACGGAGAAGAAUCUGCAGUUUUGUGUAUGGCGUGGUCUAUAGGCGAAUUCGUGGAGAGGAUGGUGGAAGCUUUGUCUGGUUACGAGUCUGUGGUGACUUGCUUCUCUGCGAAUCCCCAUUUUGGUACAAGAUUUUUUGCUGGACCUACGAUGGUUGGGCCUCGAGGCAUCAUUCACGUUUGCGGGAACCUUCCCAUGAGUGAAUAUGAAACGAGUCUUCUAAAUCGAUCGAUACCUGUUUUGAAUAAAGAAGUGUGUUCAGGAGAAAAUUAUAUUAAUAUUAUGAAUGAAGCUGGAGGAUUGAAACGUACAUAA